GCGGCUGAGGGAGCCGCCAUGGGCGCGGCGCUGCGGGCCGGGCCGUGCAGCGGGCUGCCGCUGCCGCUGCCGCUGCUGCCGUCUAUGCUGCUGCUGCUGCCGCUGCUGCUGCCGCUGCUGUGCGUUUCUGGAAUGAUCCCAGAGCCCCGGAACGCAAGAAUUACUUCAGUCAAUCUUCACAGCACCUUGCAGUGGGACGCACCAAGGUUCCCCAGAGGGAACCUCACCUACACUGUGCAGUCCAAGAGCAUCUACUACCUCGGGGGCAGCUUUGAGACGCUGAGGACAGAGCUGAGGCAGCCCUGGUGUGACGUGUCCUCGCUGUCGCCCUACGGCAGCUACCUGCUGCAGCUGCGGGCCGAGGCAGGGCAGCUGCACUCCCCCUGGGUCACCCUCACCUUCAAGCCCAUGGAUGACACCACCAUCGGCCCUCCCGAGGUGCGGCUGAAGUCGGAGUCGGGCGCGCUGCACGUGGACGUCUCGGGGCCCUUCGCGGAGCACGAGCAGGAGCGGUGGCCCCUGAGGCUCUACUACGGCUCCUGGAGCUACAGGAUCCUCUACUGGAGGAAGGGCAGCAGGGAGCACCCGGCCUCUGCCUCCUGGGUAGCUCAGGUGGACACCAGGCACAGCUCUGAGAUCCUGGCCCAGCUGGAGCCAUGGACAGUUUAUUGUGUCCGGGUGCAGGCGCUGAUUCCCGAGUGGAACAAGACAGGGCAGCUGAGCAGGGAGCUCUGUGAGCAGACCACCCACAACGGUGUAACCCCUGUGUGGAUAAUUGUGACUGUUCUGGUGGGGUCCAUGCUGGUCGUGGGCACAGCUUUCACCGUUUGUUUCUUCUCCAGUUUUUAUCUGUACAGACUCUUCAAGCAUGUGUUCUGCCCAUCCUACAUUUUCCCACAACACUUGAAAGAGUUUCUGAGCAAGCCUCCCAGUGCUCCACAGCCUUUCCCUCUGCUUCCACAAGAAGAGCUCCUGGUUUGUGACAAGCUGACAGUGAUUUCAGAGCAACCCCAAACCCUCCGUGAAGGGAGUGGGGAUGAGGCCAGCGGGACACCAGAGCUCCCUCAGGACUCUGCACAAGGAGACUCCGACUCGGGAAAAGCCUAAAUAUCCUCCCCAUUCUUCCUUGGAAAAGGAGAAGCAAACGGACUUUUGGGUUUAUCUCAUUGUUCUCCAGCAGGAAAAAUCCAUAGACAAACACGGGGUCACAGACUUUUGACAGAAUAAUUUUAUUUUUUUAAGUACAAGAAACUUGGCUCUAAAUGGGGAAAUAAAAGAUCCGUAACUUUUGCAACUGUUGGUUGUGGCUCCCUUAGGAGUUGUAGCAAUUCUGGCACUGAUUAGGACACUAAAAAUGAAAUGUCAUAUUUAUACAUAAUACUAAUUAACUUCGAUGAACUAUUUAUUGCAAAAACGAAUCAAAAUGUUUAUAAAAGAAAAUAGUAUUUUGUAAGGAAAGACCUGAUCUGGUUUAUUUUUUUCUAAUGAGAAAUGAUGUGUUUUUAAGGAUAUCCCCAUUGGCAUCAUCUUUAUAUGGAAUUUAUUCUUCCCUGAUGCAAAGUUGUGAAAUUUUUAGGGUGGGGUGAACUGAUGUCUGUGGGAAACUUGGGUUAAAUAAGGUUCAUUUUAAUUAUCUGCUCAUUUGUAUUCCUAAUUUUAAAAAUCCAGGGAGCUGUGACUCCCUGUUCCAAGGCCAGCCUCACCUGCACAGGUGGGUAAAGGCUGUACCCAGCCCUGGGGCAGAAGUGGGACCUUUGCACGGGCACUGACUGGGUUUGUGUCAUUGCUUCAAGGUGGGAGUGAGGAAUUAAAUUCUGUCACCAAAAGGAA